UCUUUUAACAACUACGUAACUUACUUUCCCCCUGAAACUCAAACUCACUCAUUUGUCCCCACUUCAUUUCAUUUUCAUCACUCAACCUAAAAACGUUACAAAAACCACCCUAAUUUCACUUCUAACUACACAAAUAUUCUUCCUCUCUCUCUCUCUCUCUUUAUCAGGUAAGAAAGCCAGUUUUCAAUAUGGCUUCUACAACCAAGGGUGAGAGGAAGAUUGCAGUUGAUCUUGCAUCAUGGAUGUUCAAUGUAGUCACAUCUGUAGGAAUAAUUCUUGUCAACAAAGCACUCAUGGCUACACAUGGUUUCACUUUUGCUACGACGUUAACUGGUCUGCAUUUUGCCACAACAACCUUGCUAACAACUUUUCUUAAGUGGAACGGAUAUAUCCAAGACACUCAUCUUCCUCUGUCCGAUGUUAUCAAAUACGUCUUGUUUGCAAAUUUCUCUAUUGUCGGAAUGAACGUUAGUUUGAUGUGGAACUCUGUUGGUUUCUAUCAGAUUGCUAAGCUGAGUAUGAUUCCGGUGUCAUGUUUUCUUGAAAUCGUGUUGGACAAUGUGAGAUAUUCAAGAGAUACAAAGCUUAGCAUUUCUCUUGUUCUCCUAGGAGUUUCUGUUUGUACUGUCACUGAUGUGAGUGUCAAUGCUAAGGGUUUCAUUUCCGCUGUAGUGGCAGUUUGGAGCACUGCACUACAACAAUAUUAUGUGCAUUUUCUUCAGAAGAAGUAUUCUCUUGGAUCUUUCAACUUGUUAGGCCAUACAGCACCAAUACAGGCAUCAAGUUUACUACUAGUCGGCCCCUUUCUCGACUAUUGGUUAACAAACAAGCGAGUCGAUGCAUACAACUACGGUUUAACAUCCAUCCUGUUCAUUGCUCUGUCGUGCACAAUCGCGGUCGGAACAAACCUUAGUCAGUUCAUAUGCAUCGGAAGGUUCACAGCAGUAUCAUUCCAAGUCCUUGGCCAUAUGAAGACUAUUCUUGUCCUGACAUUAGGAUUCAUUCUAUUUGGAAAAGAAGGUCUCAAUCUACAAGUAAUAGUAGGCAUGAUCAUUGCAAUAUUGGGAAUGAUUUGGUAUGGUAAUGCAUCUUCGAAGCCGGGAGGAAAAGAGUCUUGCAGUAACUUGUCCAUUCCUAUUCCUACCACCAAAACACAAGAUUAUAAAUUACUACCAGUAGUAUCUGAUGAAACUAAUGAUGAAGAAGUGUAGAACUGAGUAGAUAUAUAAAUGGAUUAUCUUUAUAUGAUGUAAAAAGUAUUGCUCAAUUAUUUCCAUAUACAUAGCCCAUAUAUCUUUGUUAUUA